UACUAACAUGUGUGAUACGGCUACAGUACAUUGUAAUCGCGAUGCAGCGCACCAAAAACUUAAAUUGAGUAAUGUAGAUUUAAAUGUUCUACACCAUAUUGCUGUAUACUUAAUUAGGAGCAUUUCAAAAUUAUACAAAUGUUGCAAACAAUGUAUACUUGUUACUGGGAAUUUAAAACCUUCUUUAUCUUUACAUCACAAACUCACUUCUUUAAGAUGCUAUGAGAAAGAAAUUUUGUUCUUUGCUAAUCAGAGAACGUUGAUAAAUAUCUCUAAUAUGCAAUCCUACAACGGUAUAAAUCUCAGGAAAUAUUUUAUUAAAAAAUUUCGAGAUAUACCUUUCUUUUCACCCAAUUGUCACAACUUAAGAAUAAGAAUUAUACGUCGUUUUGCGAUCUUUAGAUUAAAAGUUUAUUUUAAAGCACGUAGGUCAACAUCAAAACACAAGUAACGUUACUUACGCUAGUAAAACAAUGAAGAUGCAUAUGCGUAUUAAAUAAGUCAUGCGUGUCAUAAUUUUCUGUUUAUGUAUACUGCAUUUCUGUUACCAUAUUUUCUAUUUCAUUAAUUGUUUUAAACACGUUCAGUUUUAUAUUUUAUCACACUGAAGAAUAAGUUUAUGUUCUUCAUUGUAUUUA